GCUUUUGAACAUUUUGUUGGAAUUCGGAGAAUGUCCUUUCUCCCAGAAGAACUGUGGCAGCGAAUUCUAGAAAUCGGAAUUGAAAGCAGGGGUCUCAGCUGCCAGGAUCUCUGCUGCGUCUCCAUCUCAUGCCGCCGCCUGCACCGCCUCUCCUCCGAGGAUCUUCUUUGGAACCGCCUUCUCUCCGCCGACUAUCCCCAAACCCAUCCUUCUUCUUCCACUUCUUCUAAAUCUCUAUAUAAAUUAAGGUUUGAGAGGUACAACGAGUGGAGAAUAGCUGCUCGUAGGAGGGCUGUGUUGAGAAAGGAGAGGAGAAUAGCUGCUCAUAGGAGGGCUGUGUUGAGAAAGGAGAGCCAGAUUGUGGAACAUUCUAGAAAACUCAGAGAAAUUCAGACACUUGUUGCUCAAGAAACCGCCACAGCCACACAAACUGCUCAAGACUUGUCCAAUUUGCUUAGGGCCAGACAAGCCUUUGUUCCUUUGAAUGUGUGGCAACCGGAGGUUGUCCGAAUUAUGCAAAACCAAAUGGUUGAGCAGAGUGCUGUGGCUGCUGAAUGUCGGAUACACGCUCUUGAGAUGGAACUAAAUCUUUGUAAGCAACAGAUUGAAGGGUUGGAGCUGUUCUAUAAAGAUGAAAAACGCAGGCUUGAUACUGCAAAAGAAGAGUUGACGUCUAUGAAGUAUCACCCUAUGGAGCAGCAUAAGACCAUAAGCCAAAGGGACAGUAAGCAUGUCAAGCGGAAGAAGAUGAAAAUAGGAAAUAGCUGAAAACAUUGCAUCGGUUGAGGUGUUGAUGAAAUUUGCUCAUCCUUCUUCCAUUGAAACUUGGACAGUGUUCUGUCCAUUAAGACUGACUGCAAAUUCUGUGAUCACUGUACGGAGAAUGUAUUAGCAAUACGUAGUGAAAGCCUGAGGGUAUCAAAGUUAAAUCAUUAUGUGUAACUUGAGUUCAGAUGACCCCUUGUUCAUUCGAUUGUAGCCUUUGGACUCGUGGAAACCUUUAAGUUUGAGGAAAGCUUGAUCAAAGGAUGGAGUGUAUCAUAUGCAGAUCAAGAAGUACUAUUAAUGAAGUAUCUAAAUUUAAAAAAUAAAAUUAUAAGGGCUUCACGUGUGGUA